AUAAGAAGAUGCUUGCCCUGCCCGAGAAGGCCAAAGUAAAACAGAAAGAUUUGUGAUGUAGGUGGAGUUAGUGUAGAUCAGGGGAGGGACUGAGGGCAGCUAGCUGCACUGGCUUAGCAGGGAGUGAGAAAGAGAGACAGAGUGUUGGUUUUACAAAAGAGAGAGGCAGAUCAAGCUGCAGAGGCCCUCACAGCAGUGAAGAAAGAGAGGAAGUGUGAUAGUCAGUUUGGGAGAUGACUAUGUAAAUUUUUUGUUGUUGUUCCUGUCAGAGACCAGGGUGUCCUUAAACAGAAAUGAAUGGUGAUGGCAGCAAACAGCGUUAUGUGUCAACCUUCAGGAUGCACAUCAAGCCGCCCCGUGCAUCGUCUGCACCAGCGAUUGGGCCAGGAGCUAUUGACACCAGGACUUCAGACAAAUGUACUGACACAGGCUCUCUUAACCUCUCUUCUCGUAAACAUUUGGAUCCACCAGUCUUCAUAGAGACCCUGGAAGACUGCUGCGUGGACGAAGGAUGUGACAUCACACUGCGGGGGGUUGUCACCGGAAGUCAGCCAAUCAAAGUGUCGUGGUUGCACAAUGGUGAAGUGGCCCGUUUUGGGACUCCUUCUUUCAAUGGCAGGGAGGUGAGUUUUGUGGUGAGGGAGUGCUUGCCGGAAGAUGCAGGUGCCUAUACCUGCUUGGUAGAAAACAGUGCAGGGAAGACAUCCUGCUGUGCUGCUAUGUUCGUCAGAGACUUUGAAACUAUCUGUGAUGUGCAGAAUCGUGUCUCAAAUAUCCCCACUUCUGCAUCCAAGAGCAUUAUGGAGAAUGGAAGGUCACCACAGUCUCCCAAAGACGAGCUACAGAAGUUCAAAGGAUCUAUUUGUACCUCCCCUACAGGCUCUGAUAAGCUUAGCCCAAUCUCAACUCCAAGAGAAGUCAUCCCAAAGAAGAGAUCCAACUCAGAGACAGGUCCAGUAUUACAUUUUGAAAACCCUCCACAACAUGUCAAGGUGAAGGUGGGACAAACUGCCCAAGUGACGUGUUUUUUCACUGGCAGUCCUCCUGUCGUGUCUUGUUGGAUCAGAAACAAACAACAGAUAGUGGAUGGUCCAGAGCUGUGGGCAGAAAAUACUCAUCUGAGCAGUACAUUGGUUAUAGCAGAGGCUAAACCACAGCACACGGGUCACUACACUGUUGUAGUGAAGGACCGCAAGAACUCAGCACAACACACGCUCACCCUUUCCGUCAUAGAGAGGCCACAGCCUCCUGCCUCCUGUCCUGUGAUCUCCCUCAUCUCUGCCACCAGCCUUGUACUGUCCUGGUCGGGCCCCUGCUACGACGGUGGCAGUGCAGUCCUGGGUUACGUGGUCGAGGUAAAGAACCAAGGACGUGUUGAGCCUGGGGACUGGAGCGAGCUCACUGCCCAGUGUAAGAGUACCUCAUACAGAGUGUGCUCUGGGCUGCAGCCUCAACAGGAAUACUCUUUCAGAGUGAGGGCCUACAACACAGUGGGAGUAAGUGAGCCAGGACCAGUGUCACCAGUGGUUAGGAUGGAGCAGAAAGACAGACCACAAGAAGAGGAGGCCCCUCAAGUGUAUACCUGCGUCACUAUUGACUCUUCCCACAAAGUCACAGAUCAUUACAAUUUGCAGGAGAAACUGGGAAUGGGAAAAUUCGGCCUGGUGUUCAAGCUAACCCACAAAGAGACAGGACGUGUGUGUGCUGGGAAGUUCUACAAAGGCCGACGUGCUAAGGAGAGGGAGGCUGCCCGUAAAGAGAUAGAGUUGAUGAACUACCUCCACCACCCCAAACUGGUUCAUUGCCUCGCGGCAUACGAUCACAGGCCUGAGAUGGUCAUGGUCAUGGAGUUUAUCGCAGGCGGGGAACUGUUUGAACGUAUUGUGGAUGACAGCUUUCAGCACACAGAGCCUGCCAGUGUGCGCUACAUGCAGCAGAUCCUGGAGGGGAUUGCCUACAUGCAUCAGCAGAACAUUGUCCAUCUGGACCUCAAACCUGAAAACAUUGUGUGUGUUGACACCACUGGCACCUCCAUAAAGAUCAUUGACUUCGGAUUCGCCAGCAGGCUUGAUGACAACACACCUCUGAAGGUGAUGCAUGGGACUCCAGAGUUUGUGGCACCUGAAGUGAUCAACUAUGAGCCUGUGCAUUUGGCCACUGACAUGUGGAGCAUUGGGGUCAUCUGCUACAUAUUACUGAGUGGUGAGUCUCCAUUCCAGGGUAACAGUGAUGCAGAGACCCUGGCCUUGGUCACAGCUGCCCAGUGGGAGUUUAAUGAGGAGAGCUUUGAUGAGAUUACAGACGAGGCCAAAAAUUUCAUCAGCUCCUUGCUCAACAAGGACACCAGGCGAAGGAUGUCCUGUGAAGAGGCACUUACCCACCCUUGGAUGGCAGCAUUUGACUCUGCAGAUCUCGUCACCACCAAGAAGCUGUCCAAGGAUAAGAUGAAGAGGUUUCUAGCCAGGCAGAAGUGGAAGAAAGCAGGAAAGGCCAUGUUAGCCCUGAAGAGAAUGGCUCUGCUGUCUAAAGGUGAUGGCUCUGGAUCUCCUAACAGCCCUGGAGAAGACUCACCCCUGAGCCCGGAAGCAGAGCACGCUCUGCAGUCUCUGGAGCUCAAGAUGCAGGGGCCACCCCAGUUCACCCAGAGCCUGGAGGACCAGACAGUAGCUCAGGGAUCCAGUGCUCGUCUCUCAUGUCACCUCACAGGAUACCCUGACCCAGAGGUGGUGUGGCUGUGUGGUCAAGAGCCUGUGGUGGAGUCAGCCACAAUGCAGAUAGAGUACGAGGAAGAUGGCCGCUGUACCCUGGUCCUAACCAAAGUUGGACCAGAGGACACCAACAUUUAUACCUGUAGAGCCAUAAAUGAUCAUGGGGAGACAUUUUGCUCAGCCAAACUCAUUGUUCAAGAGUAGAUUAAUUAUAUCUACAUAUACACAGAGAUAAAAUGUAUAAGCGUGGUGUUCUUGAGUGCCUUGCAGUUGCAACAGUUGCAUUGUACAUUCUUGUUUUAAUACAAAUGGGGACCAAACUGUACAUCCUGGACUGUGGCUGGAAAUAUAUAAUACAUGUAUUAUUGUACAAAAUGUAUGAACAGAUGAAUAUUGUUAGAAAAGCUACAAGCAUAGAUAAAGGUUGAUAUUUCUUCAUGAAACUGUAAUAUGGUUUUUCACUGUCUUCAACGUGCUGUUUCUGCUGAAACCAUGAACUAUUUCUUUAUUUUGACUCAUGGGUGAAUCAUCAUAAAAUUCCUUUCCAAACCUCUCAGCUAGCAAUAUGAAUAAAUUGAAAUAUCCCUUUUGAAAAGCAAACAGUCCUGAAAUUAUGCUAUUUGACUCACAUUAUUUUCGACCUGAAAAAGACGUGAGCAGCAGACAUUUUCAAAAAAUACUUCUCAGUAAAAACAAUUCUCAAUAAAUAUAUUACGCAUUUGAACAAUAGUUUCUUGUGAAACAGAAAAACAGUGUAUAGACCUCACAAUAUUCAAGUACUUCGUUGUAGUAGAAGAAAAUGUGCCAUAAAUUAAGGGGUGUGCAAAUUUUAACAUAGCACUGUAAGUGCUAACAGUUAACUUAGGAAUGUGCUAUCUUCUAAUGGUAUGAAAAGAUACACGUGUACCAUCAUACUGUACAGUAUGUAUACCUAGUAUACAUGCUUCAUGUUAUUAUAUUUUCACAAUACUUUUAGUGGAAUAUCAAAAAUCAAACCACAGCAUUAAAAACUAUAAAAAAAAUA